CAAACGAGUUGACAAAUGGAAAAAACAACAACAACAUCUGUCAAGCAUUCCAAGAAUUUUUUCCUACUUUUUGUUUUUAUCUGGAGCAACAAAAUGAAUAUUUUACCUAAAAAAAGAUGGCACGUCCGUACUAAAGAUAAUAUCGCCCGUGUUCGACGCGAUGAAGCUGAAGCCGCCGAACAGGAGCGAAAACGCAUUGAAAAACAAGAAUACGCUGAGAGUGAAGCUCGUUUAAAUCUCCUAAGAUCCAAAGCUAAUUCUACAAUAAACUCUGAUUCUUCAUCCAACGUAACUGAAAAAACUCCAACUGGAACAAUAACAUCUUCCGAUGGUCAUGUUGACUUAUUCUCCGAUUUCCAAUCACACAUCAAAACAGUCAAUAAAGAGCACGAAAAAGAAAAGAAGGAAGAACAAGAAAAGUAUGAAAAACAAAUUGGCUAUUUAACAUAUUUGGGACAAGACACAAAUGAAGCUCUAAAACUUCGAAGUUGGUACGAAGUUGCACCAAAUCGAGCAACAGUCGGUGAUAAAGAAAUUAUAGAAAAGGAUCUUAAAAAGAAAUACAUUCACGAUCCGUUGUCAUUGAUAACAAAACUUUUACCACCAGAAAAAAUUGUUGUUAAGACAGUUUCGUCACCUCUUGACAAAAUACGAACUGAAAUUAUCGAAAAAGAUGAAUAUAAAGUAAAAAAAUCAAAAAAAGAUAAAUCACAUAAAAAGUCGAAAAAAAAGAAAAGUAAAAAAGAUGAUAAACAUAAACGAGAUCGUGCACAAAUCGAAGAAGAAGAUAAGGCUAGGAAAAAGGAACUUAUUGAUAGGUUAAGAAAAGAAAGGCUUAAAAGAGAAGCACGUGAAAGAUCUCGACAAGAAGAAUUAUUAUGUCCUAAAGUUGAGAAACCUAAGAUAGUGGAGGGGGCAAAGGAUGCUCCAAAAAUUGUACAAAAAUAUAAUAGUCAAUUUAAUCCUCAACUGGCUAAGCAAAAUAUGGCUUAGAUAUUUUUGUAUGAUGUCAAAAUGCGCUUUACUGCAUUGGUUUGCAAAUACUAUUUAUAACAUUAUAGCUAGAACUUAUGUAGGUAUUAAAAAAAAAGUUAAAGUCGAUGUUUUUCGAUUGUUUAUGUAAUACCUUAAUCUUAAUUUAAUUAUAAACUUAGUUUAAUUUUAUUGUUAUCAUUUUAUUAAAAAGCGCUAAAUUUGUAUUUGAUUAUAUAGAAAGAGUUUUUGUUAUCAAUUUUAGGAUGUUUAAAAGGUUGUACCAGCAUAAGUAAAAAAUGCAUAGCCGAAUUAAGGUUGAGUUACGGAAUUUAACCCCCAGGAAAUUUUUUUUUUAAGAAAAUCAAAAGAUAUAAAUUUGGCUAAAAAUGUAUACAAAAAUACGAGUCUAAUUAUGCAGCACUAAAUGGAUUGUUUGUGUAUUUAAGUUAUUAUCUGAAAAUCUCCUCCAAUUUUGUAUCGUUCAAGAAGCUGUCG